GAGCGCCUAUUUAUCUCUUCAACCUCUUUGUUCUUCGUGUAGCAUCUGUCCUGUCUUCGGCCGUCUAUUAACUUAAACAACACUUACGCAAAAACGUCUCGCGAUAAGGACUUGGAAGGGAAAAAAUGUAAAAGACACGAGCGUUAUGCAGAAGACCCUCUAUAUAUAAAACACCACUGUGCAAAACGGGACCUCACUUAAGUGUCUCUAUAUUUGACUGAAGUCUUGGCAUUCUUUGAUGCUACGUCUCACCUUCAAGGUGGCCGUACAACGCUUCCUUUGAGUGUCAAGAAAUCGACUAUACCGUUAAACAUUUGGCGAUAAAAAUCUUUGCUUAUGGAUUACUAAUGUAAAGUAAAAUUUAUAGAUCACUGAUUCAACGUGAAAAACUUAACAUGCGUAGAUUCCAUUUCAAAAGCUAAAAGAAGAUUUGCCGACGAAGAAUUUUAAUAUAUAGAAAUCAAGUAAUUAAAACACAUAUAAGACUACUUCGAUAUGAAAUCAACUGAAACUCUCUGGAUUAUUUCUGAUUUUAGAGGAAAUGUUUAAUAAAAGCGUGCUGGACUAAAAAGUGACAACCGUUAAAAGGAUCAGUGUGGUGUCAAAGUUACAACCAAAGAAUUUUGCCAAUAAACCAAAGAAAUUUGCUUUAAAAUUAAAAUUAGUUUAUCUGUUUACAUUUAAUCUGUUGUAUCGGUUUUCUUUAAAAAAUAUUUCAUUGCUUUGUCGGUUAGAAAUUGAAAGUACUCAGAACUUGAAACUAAUGAAACCGGCUUAACUUCAUAACAGAUACUGCUGCAAAUCGCUUUUGUUAUUAAUACAAGAGGUCUGUAACAUGGCCCUUAACCAUGUCAGGUCGACUUUUUUUGUGAUAAGCACCCUCUUUAUUUGCCUGAUAGAUGGAUAUGUCAUCCAGACUAAUAUCACCGAUUACCAAGACUCUAACAAUUCUACAACAGAAUAUCAUGGAAUAAGUGAUCCUCUUUUGUUUUUGGAUAGUUUCAUUGUAGGAGAUGUUUCUGCUCUCAAGAAAACAUUCAUUGAGAAAAGAGAGAAAAAAAUUGUGAAGAGGAGCAUUGCGCAUUCGCAUGUACCACAGUACAUGCUAGAUGUGUACAAUCGUUUGACGAAUAAAGGGCUACAGCUGAAAUUUGAUACAGCAAGGAGUUUCUGGAGUUCUCGAUUGCCUUUCGAUGAGAAGCCAUAUAAAGAUCAAUUUCACUACAAUUCGCAUACACAUUCUCAUCAAUUGGUAUUUGAUCUUCUUCAUUUUCCAGACACGGAAGCUAUUCUCUUCGGCCAGUUGAGGAUACAGAUAUCUCCUCUGCAGAACUUUAUAACGAACAGCAAUAUAUUCAACAUCGAGUUCUACAAAUUUUCAGAGAUCUCCAGCCGUCUAUUAACAACAAAAUCGAUAAACUUAAAAGAGGAAUUACUACUUACAGUAAAUGUUACAGAAUUUCUCAUAGAAUCUUUGAAAAACAAGGAGAAGAUGCUUCUUGAACUUGUGGUUCCACAAGAAAUUUCACCUUUUCUUGAUCUUGAUGCCUUUUCAACGUAUGGGCCACAGUUGCUUGUGUUAUCUAAAACACUGACGAAGUCAACAGAUGAAGAUGAUAAAAUAUUCACCAGAAUGAAAAGAUCUUUGGAAGAAUUCAGAAGAAAUUUUAACAAUCAAACUGUUUUUCAAAAUACUGAAAAUGUGAAAGAAUUCAAUGCAUUAGUGCGAAACAAAAGCAAAGGUUCUUUCGAAGAGCAUUAUCGAAAAAGGAGGAGUGAAGACGAAGAUGAGGAAUCUGAAGAGCAAAGCAAUUAUAUAGUUGAAGAACUAGGGAGGAUCAGAAAAGGGAAGCUCAAGAGGAAAAAGAAUCCUUGCAGAAGGAAACCCCUUCACGUCAACUUUGCAGCAAUUAACUAUGAUCAAUGGAUUAUAGCGCCACCAAGCUACGAGGCUUUUGAAUGUACAGGAAAAUGCUCAUUUCCUAUGAGUGCGCACUUGGCACCCACGAAACACGCCAUCAUCCAAACCUUGAUGCACAGUCUUGAGCCAAAACAAGUGUCCAGAGCGGCUUGUGUCCCUUCCAAAUUAACACCCAUUUCGAUUCUUUAUGUGGAUGAUGACGGUGUGGUCACCUACAAAUAUGAUUACGAAGAUAUGGUUGUAGCUGAAUGUGGGUGCAGAUAAUGAAUUGAAAGAUUAAAAGGGGUUAAGACACUUGAUUUUAUCAAAAAAAUUGUUUCUCCUUCGCUAGUUUUUCAAAAAAUGUAAACACUUCUGUUUUAAAAGUAGACUAAAUCUAUUUAAUAUGAUAAUUGGAUGCCUGCAAGUAACGUCAUUGUAGGUAAACCGCCAUUUGUUGAUUCAGAAACCAAUCAGGUUCGAUGCACACGUGUAACGUCGCUUAUACGUAUCCAAUUAAAUCACAUGGUUAGCCAUAAUCACUUCACUUCUUCUCUAUUUGCAAUGUUUAAUUAUUGAAAAUGUUUAAUUACUCUGGGGAACAAUUUUUUUUUUCUGUAGUACGAGAUUUUUUAACAAAUGCUUAGCUUAUUGCUAAUCUGAAAUCUUUUUCCCCCUACGAGCCAUAAUUUUUAAGCAAUUUAACAACAAUAUAGUCCGAACCAGGAUUAUUUUUAAAUCCACUCUACUGAGGGAAGAAAGCGAUAACACAUUUCAGUAUCAGUUUAUGAUACGAUACGCUAAGAUCAUAUGUUAUUUUCAAAGGGGCAGAUUUAUUUGCAUAUAAUCCUCUUUAAAAACAUUCAUACAUAAAAUAAACUAAACCAAAAAUAUAAUUGUGAAAAAAGUCUUUCGGAAGAAAACUAAUUUCGGAUUUGAAAUCCUCCCUACCGAAUUAGUUUAAAUGAAACUUAAUAUAUGUUAUUUAAGCUACUCUAACCUAUACAGAGAGUACACUUGCUUUAUACUUUUAGAAUCCUUGCAAAAAUGAAGAGUUGUUGCUGUAGUUUAUUUACGUCUGCACAAUGGGUUAUUGGCGACGGUGACAACCUGCGCGUGAAGACGAGCACUUUACGGUUUAACGAGGACCAAUACCGCACAUCCUCGGUCCCUAAGCAGACUGAACCAAGUGGUCACUGACCGCAGCCAGUGAUGCUGACCAUAACUAAACGAUCAGUCCACUGCGAGACAGCAAAAAUGAAGAAUAAUGAGCAAAAAAAUAAACAGAUUAUCCUAUAUAACUUUUGCUCUAAUGAUAAGAUCUUCAGGUUCUGGGACUUAAUCUUGGACAUGAGCUCAAAUAUGCAAAUUAAUUAGCGCAGAUGAUAUUUUAGGUUACAAAAUCAGUCACAAAAACGUACUUUUUUCUGAAUAAACGGAAAUUCUUUUUUGAUGGAUUGGGAUUUCUGACUUUUGAAAUAUAGGGAGUAGCCGUAAUCUGGGAAAUAUGGUUCCAUAGUUUAGUAAGGAGUUUGGACCCCUUUAUGGCAUUUUUUUUUUUUUUUUGCGUAUUUCACUAAAACUCGAGAACUUUAUACGCGAAUUUAAAGCUUUUUGUACUCAGUUGUAAAUUUUUAUAUAUAAAGAUUAUCCCAUACAAAAUAUAACUUUUAGUAAAUUAGUUAUUUAAUGAUAGUAAAAAAAUUUGAAUUGUAAGGUAAACAAUUUUUUAUAUCAUUUUAAUGAAUGCAAUUUUUAAUUGGCAAAAUUUGAGUGAAAUUGGUCGAAUAGUUCCUGAGAAAUCAAAUUUUUUCAAAUAAUGUUCAGGUGAGGAAAAAACUAAACCGAUAUCAAAAUGCUUUAAAAAUACAAAAUCUGGGAAAAAGGAAAAAAGUUGCAAUAGUUUUAAACGCAUUAAGUUCAGUCUAGCAAUGAAACAGGUUUUCCCGUUUUUAAACUCCUUCUCCUGAAAAGCGAUUCGUCAGAACGUUUUGGUUUCUUUCUGAAUUAGAUAUUAAAUUUGCGUUCCCUAAUGUGUUCACUUUCUUAUAAAAACAAGCACAACCCUCAUUUUAUUACAGAAUAUAAAAAUUGAAACGAAUUGUUUCACAUAGCCACCCUUCUGUUUAUUGUUUUAUAUUAAACCCAAACGGUCUGAUAAGAACUUGUGACAAAAAUAGUUUUAAAAAAUUAUGACUAACUUCAAGAACUCUUGGUCAAAAAACUUUCUAGCACUUGCAAGGGAUAAAAAAAAUAUUUGUUAAUCCAAUUAAUGCGAUACAAGUAAUUAAUUUCAAAUAAUUAUAACGCAACAUCAUCCAUAAGUCGAAUUGCUAAAAAAAAUACAAGUGUCUUAACUCCUUAAGGCAUUGUUUUUAUUUAUUAAAUUUAUUUAGAGAGAUUUUGUAGAAUACUUUAAAAAAAAAAAAGAUUUCCAAAUUUUUCAAAAUGGC